AUGUCGGCUCAGAACUCCGCGGGCAUUCAGACCCUCCUCGAUGCCGAGAGAGAGGCUCAGAAGAUUGUGCAACAAGCUCGGGAAUACCGUACCAAGCGCAUAAGGGAGGCUAAGGCCGAGGCCCAAAAAGAGAUUGAGGAGUACCGCAACUCCAAGGAAGAGGAAUAUAAGAAGUUCGAAGCGGAGCAUUCUAGUGGAUUCAAAAAGGCCGAAGAAGAUGCCGACAAGGAAGCCCAGGAGAAGCUCAAGGAAAUCAAGGCCUCUGGCCAAAAGCAGGGCGACAAGGUUGUGGAUGGACUCAUCAAGUCGACUACCAUCGUGAAGCCCGAGGUUCCAGAGAAGAUGGCGAAGGCUUAG